GAAUGGAGCUGCAGGAACUUCAACAAGUGGCGUCUUUCAUCGGUUACAGGUGUGCUUCUAAAGAUCUCUACAAGACCCAUGGCAGAGUGGCGCAGUGCCUCAGAAGAUGGAUCGACGACGCUCUUCAGGGGAAGUACUUCGUCUUCGUUGGUGAGGAUAGCAUGGGGGCGAGCUUCGACUCCGAACAUGCAGCAGUGUUCAAGUAUGGAGGUGUAAAGAUUCUCAUCUUCCGCCCGUGGUGA